CUCUCUCUCUCUCUCUCUCAUGCUCUGCCAUGAGGGCUCUGGUGACCAGAAGAGCAAGGUCCAUCCUUCUGGGGCUCCGUGCUCCUCCUCAGUCCUCCUCUUCUUCAUCCUACGGGACAUACUUAUGCGGCAAUCCGUUUUUGCUGGAGAGCCGGCUGCGCGCGGUGCUGCCCGAUGGUUUCCUCAAAUGGUCCUCCGUUGGGUCUUGCAGAGGCUCCAGGUUUGCCACUGGUUUCACCCCUUUGCAGCCCAAGCCCUUGAACUCCAUCAUCGACCUUGAUAGAGCCCAGAACUACCCGCAGGAGGAGCUUGUUUCUAUUUGGGAUGAUUAUCACCUGGGGAGAGGUCACAUUGGUGCAACUAUGAAAGCAGCAUUGUAUCGUUUGAUGGAGCAAAGAGCAGCUACAUGCCGGUAUUUUGUUAUUCCUUUGUGGAAGGGCAGCGGCUAUACGAGCAUGUUUGUUCAAGCACAGAUGCCAUAUAUAUUGUUCACUGGUCUUGAGGAUUACAAGGCGAGAGGAACUCAAGCUAGUCCCUUUCUCACCGUCACCCACUACACUGAAUUUGCAGAUAGCAAGGACAUUGUUCUCAUUCGUGGGGAUGUUGUGUUCACCAGCAAGCUCAGCGACUCAGAGGCAAAGUGGCUUAUGGAAACUGCGCAAUCUUUCUAUCUGAAUGACACAAGAUACAAGCUUGUUGAGCGAUUCAACAAAGAAACUCAUGAAUUUGAGUUCAAAGAUGUUCUCCAAGCCCUUGAAAUGCCAAUGCUAUAGUUCUCAACUUGAGCUGUUUUUGCAUCAAAAUGUUAUCAGUUAUUUACUUAUUUUACAGCAAAGGAAUAAGCAAAUCAUUGGCUCGACUACGAGUUUGAGAGGAUUUCCAACCAUUUGGGGAACUAUUGUUUUGUAAUGUAUCUUAAAUUCAUUGCUAUAAUUUAAUUGCAAUAACAAUUUUGUUUAUUUUGGUCAUUCUGCAGUGAUAUGUUAUGCUGCUAUUGAUUUGA